GUGGCGCUCCUGCUUUCCGGCGGGGUCGACUCAUCAGUUGCACUCAAUUUGCUGGUUCAGCAAGGUUACGACGUUACGGCCUUCUACUUGAAAAUCUGGUUGGAAGACGAGCUCGCUCAUCUCGGCCAUUGCCCCUGGGAAGACGACUAUCGGGUUUGCCAGGAAGUCUGCGAACAAGCCGGUAUCCCACUGGAAACCGUCAGUUUGCAAAAUGCCUACAAAUCGCGUGUAAUUGCUUACACAGUCCACGAAGCCGAACAAGGACGGACACCCAAUCCCGAUAUCAUGUGCAACAGCCGCGUCAAGUUCGGCUGCUUCUACGAGGCUAUCGAUCAACGAGAGUUUGACUUUGUCGCAUCCGGACACUACGCACAGCUAGUCAAGGAUACAGAAACCGGAUCCAUGCGCUUGCUUCGAGCACCUGACCCCAUCAAGGAUCAAUCCUACUUUUUGUGCACCUUGACGCAAGAUCAACUACAGCGUGUUUUGUUUCCCAUUGGUCAUCUGCAAAAGUCACAAGUCCGAGACCUUGCUGACGAAUUUAUCCUACCGAAUCGUCUUCGUCCAGACUCUCAAGGAUUGUGCUUUUUGGGCAAGGUUAAGUUUGACGAAUUUCUUGCCGUGUAUUUAGGGACCAGACCGGGUCCGAUAGUGGAUGCGGGGACCGGGGAUGUAGUGGGUCAACACCAUGGGGUUUGGUAUCAUACGGUGGGCCAACGCAAAGGCAUUGGUCGAGUAUUAGAUCCACUGGCCACGUCCCGUGGACCUUGGUACGUAGUAGCCAAAGAUCCCGGAAAAGAUGUGGUGUAUUGUUCCAACCAGUAUGAUGAAGACAUUUUCACCGCUUCAAGAUCCGAAUUUGCCGUUGAAAAUAUUCAUUGGAUUGCGGGUCAAGCGCCGCCAAACCUCCUAAAAGGAGACGGCGGACGAUUCGUCAUGAAGAUACGACACGGGCCAGAUCUUGUGAAAGGAACGCUGCGUUUGACCAAUACGGCAGGCGAAGGUGACGUAAAGCUGGAUUCUAAGGAUGGCGGCUUAGCACCGGGUCAAUACGUUGUUUUCUAUAAAGACGAAGAGUGUCUGGGCGCGGGCGUGAUUAGCGAA